GUUGGACAUAAUUAGCAUAGUGUGGAUGCAAGAACGUAGAUAAAAGUGCGUGCCCAGCAGCAAAACCCAAGCUCAGUUUUUAAUGCAGUGCGUCGUUAGUGAGUUAAAAAGUGAGACAGAACCUCGGGUGCUGCUCAGUGUUGCUUCUAUUUUAGUUGAGCGUGGUCGUUGUCUGUCUGCCUGCAGUUCCAGCCAAUCAACCGGCGAAUUUAUUCUCCAUACGAAAUCCACGUUGUUUACAAUUUACUAAAAAAAUAACGGCCACUUUUUUCAAAAAUAAGUUUAAAAAACGUUGCUUUUGAACGUUUUUCUGUUUUAAAGAAAAUCUAACAAAAAUGGAAGUGCAACCAGCCUCAAUCCAGUUCGUAUCUCCACCCUCGACCAAGUUCCACAGCCCCACGAAACGCGACAUGGCUCGCAGCGCGGAACUCUUGCGCCGAGUUCUGCAUCCAAGACUUCUGAAGCAGGAGAAGAUUCACGCCAUGAGCAAGCGGCCACAAAUUAGAUGCGCUGCUGAAGCGGAUAUCACCAUUCAACAGGUUGUCUCAUCCACGCAAGAAGUCAAGGCAAAUCUGAUCGGUUUGGAACUACAGUUUCAAAACCUGGAAGGGAAAGUGGACAAGUUGGAGCUGGAGUUUGAAAAUGGACAAAAGCAUCACAUGAUUCAUCAACUGAGCUUCAGUCCAGGAAGUCGAAUGUCUCCAUCGCCUACACCAGUCUCCACUUAUUUUACAUUGAGGAGGACCCCCUCUCGCCAGGCGAAACUGAAUGUUUUGAAGACACACAACUUCAAGGUGUCUUCUUUGAUGAUGUCUCCCUCAUCCCCCGGAUUCAUGAUGUCUUCUCCGAUAAUGGAAUACACCAGGAAGAGGAAUGUGCUGGAAAUGUGCCUGAACCGGCUCCUCGCCAAGGUGAAGGGAGAAGCUGAAAUUCUUCAAGGCUUGUUUGAGGACAACUUCAAAGUAUUGAAAUUUCGACGGGCAGAAAAUUGUGUUCUUAAUAUGAUCAAGUUACAGAGAAAGUUGAGAGGAUGUCAAGAUAACUUGUGUCAGUUGAGGGACAGAUUGCUUCACAUUCAGAACUGAUUUUUUUCUAACUUAUAAACUACUUGCCAAUUCAUUGUCAAAGUUGUACAAAUAUUUAGAUUUGACUUGUGAAAAUUGUAUAAUUAAUUGAUAUUUUUUAUUUGACUUAUUUACGAUUUAUCUUAGAACUUAACAUGUGGGGGCGAAUUGUUGAUCGAUUCAUGCAAACUGAAACUGCACACCUGCUGUGUUCACUCUAGUUCAUUAUUUAAUUAUGUAUUUACAUGACAGAUUUUUGACUCGCUGUUGUGUUAUUCACAGUUUGUUUUGAAAUUCCUUAAUUCUUGUUUACUUAUUUUUUAGUAAUUUAUGUUCUAGUUUUUUUGGUAAGACGAAUCAAUCGUUAGUGCGUCAAACACUUUGACAAGAACCUUUACUGUGUUAAUUUUGUUUUGACUCCAACCCAAUAUAUUUGACUGAUUAUUGCUUAUUUUUGUAUAUGACAAUGAACGAUGAUGAUCUUGGUGCUGGAACAAACAGACUUGUGUAAAUACAAUUAAGACAAUAAUAGUUAACAUUAUGGUGCAUAAUAAAUUGUUAAGUAUUCAUGUAACGGGUUAUGCAAUUGAGCAAGUACUUUUAUGGAAAUAAUUUUCUAAGUCUUGUUACAUCCGAUCGGAUUAAAGCUAUGUAUAAAUAAACAUUGAAAUUUGUUAAUCCGAAGUCUGAGUUUUUAUGCUAUUAUUUGUGCUUUACAAGUUGCAUAGAUAAUUGCAAGUACAUAUACAAAUACAGUUUCAGAACAAUUUACAGAAGUAGAACUUUUAUGAUUAAAUGAUAUGCGAUACGAACAGAAUAAUGAGAAAAAUGUGAUAAUAUGCAGGCAAAAUAAUUAGUAUUAUUCUUGCACUUAUCGUUAGAUUAUUGUUUUGGUGUCAUUGUAUUGUAAUGCGCAUGGAACAAGGUAAUGCGUAUGAAUAUGCCUGCUAUCAUUAAACAAGAGAAGAUCUAAUAGAUGUGCCAUUAUCUAAAACAAAGGGCCUCCUCAGACACACGAAAAAAUCGUCGCUUCGAAGUUUGCUUUGUUUUUCGCUUAUCGAUAACAUGGCAAGAAUUAUGAAAAUUGUAAAAUUUUGUUUCGACUUCAGCUAACCGACCUUAACCCCACUUCUGAGUUGAGUUUCUGUUCGCUUAUCCCAGAGCUCGCUUAUCAGGAAGCAAGCGAAAAACUUAGCGAAAUUAGAAACGACGAUUUUUUCGUGUGUCUGAGGAGGCCCAAAGUAUUCAUUUCAGUUUUUCUCCCGUCAUAGCGUUGUAGAUUUGUAUUGCAAUUUAGUUAAAACUCAUUGAGACAGUUUGUGCAAAUUAUUUUAUCUCAGUUUCAUUUCAAAUACGUAAAAAAGAACAUCUAUAACAUCAUAAGAACAAUAAUAAUGUACUCGAACAUAUUUCCAGAAAAUUCAUGUGAUUCGUCGCGAUUCCUAAAUGUUUUGCCCCCGCAUUCUUGCAACACUCCCUCCCGAAUAUUUAAACAUUUUUUAACUGGUGUAGUAUUGUUAUUGUUUAUUAUUACGUUGUUUACAAUUCUCAAAGCUUUAUCGUCUAAUGUUUCCUGACUUAAACUAGAUAGGCAAUAAAAUAAAUCGCGAAGUUUGUGCAUACCUACCUACUAGUAAUACUUAUUGGGAAAUUGUAAUGGACAAAAUCCUGUUCACCUUUGCAAGUAGUUUUAUCGCCAUUAUUUGUAGCAUUAACAUAAUAAAUGUUACCGGAAGGACUACUGAGCUGGACAAGAAUGACAUCGAUCUUGAGUCCUUGGAGCAACAUUUAGAGGAAGAACAGGGUCAAGAUUAUUGGCCAAUCCCUUUAAAAAAUAUGCGACAAAUUCGCCUCAGCACCUUGCAAAAUUUGACUCCUCUAGUGAGACAGCAAGCGAUCGAGUAUUACACGACCGUUUUAAAUCAAGAACCACCUGAAAUCACAAGCCCUUGGUUCAAAUUAUUUGUGCCGUCUGACAAGGAUCUGCAAAAGAAGAAAGAAAUGAAACUGGAUCUUUUGAAGAGGGGCAUUUGGGCCGAAUGCGGAUGGGUAAAAAAGUUACCCUCGCCAUUCGGCAAAGAUGACCACGACCAAUGCACUGAACCAGAAUUGCAAUAUUUACUGGAUAAUUCGGAAUAACUAAUAAUAAUUAGUGCAAAAUUAUAUAUAAAUAUGUAUCUAAUUAAUUAUAACUCUAAUUGAUGCACCAGUGCUGGUAACCUAUUAAUAAAACUUGAUCGAA